AAAUCCCAGAACGAACCCAUUGACAACCCAACGUGCUUGCUUUUUCGAUACCAUAAUAAAUAUGUAAUAUGUUAAACGUUUCAAGUUAUUCAUCUAAAAUACUGGAUUGGAUUCUAAAUGGGCAUUAUUUUGUAUAAUAAUUAUUGCUUAAAAAAUAGAUUCUAAUUUUUACAAACUACAACAUAAAAACGACUGACAACAUUCAACUAACUUUUUGGAGGUUAGAAUGAUGGCUCCAUCAAAUGGUGAAGACGAUCAACUAUCAGGUGACGAUGAGCCACAGUUAUCGACUGAAACACUUCUUGCGCUGCAAGAAUUCUAUGCAGAACAACAAGAACGAGAAAAACGCUUACAGAACCAAAUCGAAGAAAAUGGCUCUAAUGCUGCGAAUAUCUCCAACUUUGAUGAGAAUUGGCAACUGAGUCAGUUUUGGUACGAUGAAGAAACAGCCAAUACGCUGGCCAAUGAAGCGUGCAGGGCUGCUGGCAGCAAUGCAUCAAUUGCGCUCGUCUCAUGUCCCACUUUGUACUCUUUGGUCAAGAACAGCAAAAGUAGAAAUCAGACAACUUCAGUCAGCUUACUGGAAUACGAUCGACGAUUUGCUGCUUAUGGGACAGAUUACAUAUUCUAUGACUACCAGUCUCCAUUAGAUUUGCCCAAACAAUUGGAGCACCAAUUUGAUGUAGUGAUUGCUGAUCCUCCCUUCCUAUCUGAAGAGUUACAGAAGACGGCUCAAACAGUGCGAUUCUUAUCAAAGGAACAA